GUAGUAGACUCCUGCACGUAUCUCACAAACUCUGAGUAUAGCUCGCCUGUGAGAGCUGGUGUGUGAAGCUGGGUCUUUUGCAAGGCUGAUGCUUUUCGGUACCUCCUGUAUAAAGAGGGACGUGGUGCUAGCUUUCCACUGAGAAAGACCCGGACCUCCAUCCCCAGAGCAGCCGCACAAUGGCACCGUCCCUCAUCCGAGCUUGCCGCAGUCUGGCUCUCUCGACGUGGCUGCUGUCGUUUUGUUUCGUACACUUGCUGUGCCUGGACUUCACGGUUGCAGAGAAAGAAGAAUGGUACACUGCUUUUGUCAACAUCACCUACCUGGACCCUGUCACAUCCGAGGUCAAGACGGAGAAAACCGAGUGCGGUCGCUACGGAGAGCAGUCGCCCAAGAAAGAAGCCAGAGGUCUGGUCCUGGUGCCGUCCAACCUGCAUGACAGACAGGCGUGCGACCCAAACGUCCGGUUCCCUCCCGUCCCUCACAACACCGCCUGGGUGGCGUUGGUGGCUGCAGGGAACUGUACAUACCGAGAGAAGAUCCGAAAUGUUGCAAAUUACAACGCCUCUGCAGUUGUCAUCUACAAUGUGGGCUCCAGCGGUGUCAACGACACCAUAACAAUGCCCCAUCCAGGUACAGGAGAAGUUGUGGCCAUCAUGAUCCCAGAGCCUAAAGGCCGUGAGAUCUUGGCCUUGCUGGAUCAGCGAAUCAUGGUCUCGUUGCACAUCACAAUAGGAACACGUAACCUGCAAAAGUAUGUGAGCAGAACGUCAGUCGUGUUUGUCUCCAUCUCCUUCAUCGUGCUCAUGAUCAUCUCCCUCGCCUGGCUCGUCUUCUACUACAUCCAGAGGUUUCGCUACGCCAACGCACGAGACCGCAACCAGAGACGUUUGGGAGAUGCUGCCAAAAAGGCCAUCAGUAAGCUGCAAGUACGCACCAUUAAGAAAGGAGACAAGGAGACUGAGUCAGACUUUGACAACUGUGCUGUUUGCAUUGAAGGUUAUAAGCCUAAUGAUGUUGUGAGGAUAUUGCCCUGCAGGCAUGUUUUCCACAAGCACUGUGUGGACCCGUGGCUCCAAGACCACCGGACGUGUCCCAUGUGUAAAAUGAACAUCCUCAAAGCCUUGGGAAUCCCACUCAACGCAGACUGUUUGGAUGACGUUCCUCCAGACUAUGAGACAUCUGUCGGGGGUCCACCCAACAACGCCAUCAGCGGGGCGAGCGAAGUGACGAUUAACGAGAGCUCAGUGGUUCUGGAUCCAGCAGGGAGAUCGAUCGGCCUCCAGCAGAUUCAUCCUGAUGAAGAGGCAGAACUUCAGGCCAGGGAGAGCCACAUCAUCGCCAGCAGUGAGCACCAGCCUCCGCUCAGCAGUGAUUCAGACGGUUCCAUGAUGGGCGUGGAGGUAGGCAUGUCUGAAGUACACCUCUCCAUGGAGCCAGAAUUUGAUUGGGCCAAAUCCUGAGCCAAUGAAAAAAAAAAAAGCAUGAAUCACCAGGGAAAGGAGAACAAAGUAACCAAGGGGCCCCCCAGAGACUCGGCCACGUCUUUGGCCCCCCUGGAGGACGUGACUUCUCAGAAGAUGGGCAAAUGAGCAAUACAACAUAGCAGCACAAAUACAUCCCUGUCGUCCCUGCAUCUGUGGACGUGUUGCUCGCUCGUUUUCUAGCAGUCACACCUCACCGUUUUGUUGGUUUGACUGCCAUGGUGACAAGACAGCCAAUCACAGCUCUCUCUCUCUCUCACACACACAUUGUGGUGGCCCAGAUUUUGUCACACGUAAUCUUUUUCACAUCCUUAAAACCGAGAAGACACAUACUGAGAUGCAGAAGUUGGGAAUAGGUUUCUCCAACUCUGGCAACCUAAACCUGCUGCUGGACACAAUACGAGCACAGGAGCAGCUGGGCCUCCCUAACACCACAUUGCAGCUUUAAUUAUUAUAAAAAUAUGUGCAGAUUGUUUGAUUUCUUGGUAUGAGAUCACUGCCAACAUAUUCCAGAAGUCUGUUUUACUGAUGUAAUGGUUACAUAGUACGUAUACUGUAUAUCAGCAGAGUCCCUAACAGUUGGUGUGAAUUCCCACCAGCAGUUUUUCAACCCGAGUACACGUUAUUAUCCCUUGAAAACUUGAAGCGUAGGUCUUUAACUUCAUGUGACAUUUACGGAGUGAGAAUAUGUAUGCACACGUUAUGCUGUAAUUUCUAAAACGGUUUCUUUUUCUAUUUUUGUGAGACCUUCGUUUCUAACUUCUAUUUUCCUGUUUGUUGAGAGGAAAGAAACCAAAAACAAGGUAGAUAUUUCCGUCCUUACGUCUGACAAUCAUAGCUUGCCACAAGCAGUUUGAAGUGAUGUCACCCACUGCCCGACUGAAACUGCUGCUAUCACAACACUUGGCGCUGGUGAUCGCUCCCUGCUGUCUGUCAGCAGCGAAGUGUUCAUAACUGUGUUCACACUGCUGAGAAACACAGCUGGCCGUAGCAGUCGUCACUACCAAAAUUCUGGCAGUGUGCACAUACUGUAGACAAACUUCCUACACUUGUCAAGCCAGCCAAUAUAAAUAUGUCAACAAGUCUUUGUGCCAAGAUUAUCAGUAGAAUUGAAAACAUUCUUGUUGUUUUCCACGCACACUGAUUCCCCGGGCUGUUAAAAAGACUGGAAAGACACUAAGGAAAUAACAUGAGGAUGUAUUAUUGAAUGAUUUAUGUCAGUUAAAGGGACUUUUUCGGUGCACAAAAAGGGAGCUUGACAGAUAAGAUGCAUUUGGAUGCAUAGUCAGGCUUUUCAUUUGAGUAAUUUGAUGCUUCAAGCAUGGGAUUAUUAAUGGCAUGAAAAGCUUACAGCAUGAAAAUGUUUACAGUUGUGAGAAAUGUAACUUGGACUACGUCUACACUAAGCCAGCUCAUUUUUGAAAAACAACAUGCAUGUUCCCCUCACAAACGUCUGAGCAACAGAAAAACAGCUGCAUUUCUGAAAUAUUUGUCCUCAAUUAGCAAACUACAUAAGCACAGUGAAGACAGACUGUUGCUCUGCUGAGACUCUAUUGGUUAAACCUCUGUUUUUCAAAAAACGGUUGUUUUUUUUUGCCUCUACCCUUCUCUUUGAUCACCUUUAGUGUGAGAUUAAUCAAAACAUAAAUCCAGGUUAAUGUGAUAGUUUGGAUUUUUUAAAAGGGUUGUAUAAGGUGCUCAUUUAUACUCACCUAGAGUAGAUGGCAGUCAGUACCGACACAAAAGCCAAUGUACUGGGGGCAGCAACAACACGUUAAAAAAAAUCAAUCCCAGUUGUAUGCUGUAUUUAGAAUAUUGUCACCUCUCUACCUUGCUGUCUGACACUCCUGUUUAGUUUUUUUGUAGAAAAAACUGAAGCUUUUCUCCAUGCUCUUAUCAAAGCCACCAGACUUCUUUGACAAAUACUGUCAUUUUACUUGUUAGAAUGUGGGAGUUUGUGGUCUACUGCUGCAUUAAUGGGUUGGUUUGUUUCUGUUCUUGUGUGAUGACUUUGGUGUAAAUCCGAAUGAACCCUUUAAAACACCAAAGUCACAAAAUAAGACAAACAAACGAACCGAUUAAACCUGCAACUCCUGUGUUCUACAAGGUAAAAUCACUGUUUUUGUUAAUGGAGUCUGGUGGCCUAGAAGAGAGCAUCGAUUAAUGUAACGGCUUCAGUUCCUUGUUGGAAAGUUCUGUCUGACAACAAGGUAAAACCGUGAAAAUAUUCUCAAUAUAGCGUACACUUAAAAUGAUGGUAAUAGGCAAGGCAAGGCAAGGCAAGUUUAUUUAUAUAGCACAAUUCGGACACAGGGACAUUCAAAGUGCUUUACAGGGGCAAGAUUGAAAUACACAAAACACAUUAGAAGACAUUUAAAAGUGAAUUAAAAAAAAAAAAAAAAAAGUGAAUGAAUAAAACAUUUAAGAGCGAAUGAAUAAAAAUUACAGGUUAAAAUGGAAACAGAAAAGUCUUCAGACUUGAUUUAAAAGAGCUGAGAGUUGCAGCAGACCUCAAGUUCUCUGGGAGUUUGUUCCAGAGAUUUGGUGCAUAAAAGCUAAACGCUAAUAGUUUUAAGUGGCUAUAAUAAGUUUUGCUGCUGCACCAGUAAAUUGUUUAGCUUUCAUUCACAUACUCCUGCUUGCUUCUCUAUUGACUGUGGAUAAGUACCUCAUACAAUCCCAUUCAAUAAGUUCAAACUAUCCCUUUAAUGACAACAAUAGUGGUCUCAUCUAUUUAAAAUGAGGAUUUUAAAUGUAUCCAGCUCAGUGUGGACGUACUCUUGAACUCCUAUAGUGACUGUUAAUUAAUCAUCUUUUACAGUUUCUGUUAGAAAUGAUUCUUCUACUUUUCAUUCUUUUUGUUGUUCUGUUGUCAAUCACCACUUUAUAAUUUGGUCAGUAAUGUCAUAUUGAACAAUAUCUGGAGGAUCUAACGCUCGUUUGGAUCCGUCUCCUCUCACAUUCCUGUAGAUGAAGCACACUGAAGAAGCACAGACUCCACUGACUGAGGCAGUGGAAUUUAACUGGGGGAUUUUUACUUCCAGUCAUUGUUUCCAUUAUGUCCUGCUGCCACCUGGGACUGUUAUAUAACACGCACAUGUCCACACUCCCAAGUUUGGGUCAAUCAUUGAAGGAUUAAUGAAUGUAUGGGCAAAUGUUUGAGUGUUGGGUUGGUUUUAGGAGGGGCCAUGUUAUAAUUCUUUAUUUCUUUAAACGUUUUUUGAGACUGUGUUCUUUGCUGCAGCAGCUGGUUACCCACAGACACUACUUUGUAGAUAAUACUAAAGUAAAAAUAUUUUUUACAGUUUUGACAGGGUUUCACAGUGAAAUCGCUGCCUUCAGUUAGAAGCAUUCAUUAGUUCAUUAAUGUCGAUUUUCAAACACUUUCUCUAAGACAAUAUGGUCAGUUUGAUUUUUUUAAAAAGCCUGGUUUACGUUUUUGCAGCAGCUGGUUAACCAUAGACACUACUUUGUAGAUAAUACUAAAGUAAAAAUAUUUUUUACAGUUUUGACAGGGUUUCACAGUGAAAUCGCUCCCUUCAGUUAGAAGCGUUCAUUCAUGUAGAUUUUCAAACACUUUCUCUAAGACAAUAUGGUCAGUUUGAUUUUUUUAAAAGCCUGGUUUACGUUUUUGCUUUGUGGAUAUGAAAGUGGAGGAUGGUUGUGAUUCUUGCCAGCACACUAUAGAUACAGAUGUUUAUAGAUACAGAUGUUUAAGUCUCAGCCAGCUUAAUCUGGACCCUUUAAGCCUCUCACAUCAGCUCACAUGGAGAAUGAGACAGCACAAUACAUAAAUAUCCCAUAAACACCGGACAAGAGCUUCACAUCUGUUGCUCUCAUUUUCUUUAUUUCCCUGCUUUAAAUUUCUUCUGUCUUCUUGUCUCCUUUUCACAUUCACACACAAAUAUAAAAAACACUAUGUCACCAUCUGACAGUGACGAGAUAAAUCAAAGCACAUCAGUGCCAGAUCCCUCGGUUCUGGCUGUUAUUGUCUCACAGAGCAAGUUUUUCUACAGUUAAACCUUCUUUUUACAGAGAAACUUAAACAUUAUGUGACUAAGCGAAACGGUUAUUUCACUCUUGUCUGUUUACAGUGUUUCAAUAAAAACAACUCUUGUAGGAAAAAUGAAUUCAAAGAAAAUUUAAGACACAAAUGACCUUGGUGUUUCCGUGUAAUGGCAUACUACACAAGAUUGCUGUCGCUAAUUGUACCUUUAUUUUGGGAGUUUGUAAUUUCCGAAUUUCAAAGUUUCCUGGAAAGAACAUUGGGAUUUGGUGCUAAUUUGGGUGAAUGUACGCAAACCUUGAGAAGCAAGUGAGGAAAAAUACAUAUACAUAUAUAUAUAUAUUUAUUACAUAUUCGGUGUGUAGAGUGCAUGGAGAAAUGAAAACUUACCUGGGGAAAAAAGAAACUAUUUUAGUCUUUUUUGUGUGGCAAUUCAGCCUCUUGUGGCCAAAAUAAGUAUUACAACCACAAACACCUGAAAUAAUAUGAUGACACUGACCCAAUUAUCUUCAACCUUGUUUUUCUACAUUUUCAACAUUUAUCCUGGAAAACCUUAUUUUCAUCUGAUCUGUCAUCACAACACAGGAGAGAAAACUAUUUAAAUCAGACUUAGAAAAUGAUUAACCAUUUUUUUUUCAUUGCCUCUCAGGGCUUCUAUAAGAAUGUAUUUUUAAAAAAUGCUCAAUUUAAACAAAAGGAUGUUAAAAUGGAAUAAAAUAACAUAUAAAAGUCGCAUGCAAAACAUUUUUGAUAUGCACAAAACAAUAAAGCACACAUCCACUAAUUAAUAAUGCCACAAUGAUUACAAUCUAUAUUCCAUAUGAAAUGGCUAAUAAUAUAUUAUUGGAUUGUUUUAUUCUCUAUAUUUGACUAUUUAUUAUUUAUAUUUUAAGAUACUUAUCUGAUAUAUCAGAAAAGCAUAUAUCAGACCCUAUGGAUCAACAGAAAAGACACAAAAAAAAAGAUUUAUUUUUAUUUCUAUUAAAGCCACCUUUUUAUGAUGCUUUUAUAAUGUGUGGUACUAAAAGUCUCUCCAGUAAUUAGGAGAUUAGUGGAAUGAAUUAACUAUAAUCUACAUUUAAUAAUAAUUAAUAUACAUAUUUAACCUGCCUCUGUUUUCCAUAUAAUUAGUACCAAAUGAUGUUCUUUCAAGGAAAGUAUUUAAAAUUAUUCAGAAAUGGUGGGCCUGUAAAAUAAAGCGUGACCCAACAUAUUUUUAUUGUGGGUAGUUAAAGCUAUCAUGUAUUUCAUUUUGUUCUCUCGUGUUUUCUUUUCGUGUAAAUGUUCCUAUAUUGCACUUUAACCCUCCGGUGAACGAGGAGCAGCGAUACUGAACGACUUGAGAAAGUCUUUUUUUAAUGUACAGCGUUUGAGAAAGAGGGCUACAGUAUUGAACACGGCACAUGACUCGGCUGUUGCUUAUCGUGUAAUGUUGUGAUCUUUUAUCUGUACUUGUGUGUUUGUGGGAUGUGAGGGGGGGAGUAUCAAUAUAUUAUACCCAGCAGAAAUAACAGCAUUGCUAUUUUGUCAUAUAAAAGAGUUGUAAGUAUGAUUAGCGGUGUCUCCGUCCUCUUCUUGUACAUCAUAAUGCACGUGUAGGAAUGUCUCUGAUUGUGAGUUAUAUAAUAAAACUGAAUCAGGUUUUUUCAACUUUGAUAAACUUGUUUGUUUUUUACCUAAGCUCAAUAAAAACUAUGUUUCUUACAUAAAGAACAAUGAA